AUGUGCAACCACGAAAUCGCUGCCAACGGCUGGGCUGCCAUGCCCGCCAACGCGGGCGCCAUCUUUGGUGGCCAGCCUUUCAUCAACAAGCCGGGCCCUCUCUCGCUCAGCGACAUCAAGUUCCCCUUUGAGGAUCCCACUGUCGCGAAGACUCUCAAGUAUGCGAAGGAGACCCUCCAUGCCGAGACCUUCAACCACUCCAUGCGAGUCUACUUCUACGGACUAGCCAUCACCAAGCAGCAGUUCCCCGAUAAAUUUGCUGCCCUGAACCCAGUGACCUGGGCCUUGACCUGCCUGCUCCACGACCUCGGCACUGCUGAGGAGAACCUGACCGCCACCCGCAUGUCCUUCGACAUCUACGGCGGCAUCAAGGCCCUCACCGUGCUCAAAGACUUCGGCGCCACCACCGACCAAGCCGAGGCCGCUGCUGAAGCCAUCAUCCGCCACGAGGACAUGGGCGUCGACGGAACCAUCACCUACAUCGGACAGCUCAUCCAGCUGGCCACCACCUACGACAACACCGGCUUCCAUCCGCACGUUCGGGAUUUCGGGGAGCUGAUCCAUGAGGCCACCCGCACUGAGAUCAACGAGACUUACCCUCGCAUCAAGUGGUGCACUUUCUUCUCUACUACUAUUCGCAAGGAGGAGAGCAUUAAGCCUUGGUGCCACUCGACCCACCUGGUCAACUUUGAUAACGAGAUUGAGGCCAACACUCUGAUGAAGAAGUGGGAGUAG